UUGAGCUUCUUUACCAGGAGAUGUUGGCUACAAAAAGACCAGGAAGGCUGGUGUCUUCACAACUUUACCCACACUCAUGCUUGAGUUACAGAAGAUCCUUCCUGUGUGCCUCUUGACUUGUGAUGGAGUCUGCCAUUGACAUGCUGGUGUCCCAGUUCAAGACAUAUGCUGGCAGUGACGGUUCCUCUGACACGCUGAGCAGAGAUGAGUUCCACAGACUGGUCAAAGCAGAGCUCCCUAACUUUGUCAAGAAUGCUGGUGACACCACUGCCCUUGACCAGCUCAUGAGCUCAUUGGAUAAGAACAAUGAUGGAGAGCUCAACUUCCUGGAGUUCUGGCAGCUGAUUGGACAUCUUGCAAGCAGACACGGGGGGUUCCACCAAUAGAGUGUCCUCAGAUACUCUGUUACAGUUAUGUGCGUGUUACUGACUUGUCUGUGGGCCAUACAGUUUAAGAAAACGGGAAAGCAGCCAAAUGGAAAACACCCUAAAGUCUAUUCCAGUGGCAGAACGCUGUGUUUUUAUGGCCAGUCUGCAUACUUUCUCACCCCAUCCUCGCAGCAGCAACUGCCAAACUGCCACAGACUCUGUCAAAGAAUACUAUAGAACAAUUUCAGCAAUAUUAAAACCAGUCCAAGCUGUUUCCCUGCGCACACACACACACACACACACAGACAGACACACACACACACACAGACACAGCUGCUUGUGCUUACAGGUCUACCAGGGACCGAUAAUGUGUGUUAGCACUAUGUAUUCUCGGCUUGCCUAAUUCUUGGAAAACGCUGCUUAGGGUGUUUAUCAUCCCCAUUCAGCAGACACAAAGAGGUGUGGUGUUGGCAGAGCAGAGCAGAAUGUUAUAGUUAAGAGUGGAAAUGAAUAUAAAGAAUAAAUAAUAAAAUAUUAAAAAGCUAUGUUUUCCUUGCUGCUCAGUCCUUCCUUUGCCAGCUUGUCCACAGGUUUACUUUCUAGUGAUGACUAUCUUUCCAUUGUUUUGCGCAAGUGAGUUAAGUUUCAGGGUGUGGUUCUAGUACAUCUGUCUGCUGGGAACGCUUUGAACACGCGCAUUUAGACGUGAGCGCGCGCCUGUUCCUACAUGUUGCGCGAAAGUGUGUCAUGAAUUU